UUGUAGCUUUAUUGAGAUCAUUGGGAUUCUUAGCAAGAUUAGUGUGUUCACUUCAGCCAGUGCCUAUGAAAAUUGUACAAAGCAAGCAAUCAAAGAAAACCUGCAUAAAAAAGAACCAGCCAAGUAAACCAAAGGGUAUAAAAACACCCAAUAAUCACUCCCAAACCUCACCAUAUUUCCCAGCGGACACCACAAGCAAAACCCCAAAGAUUUCAAGGACCAGUAGAAACAAGAAAACACCAAGUACCUCACUGAAUGAAAAGCAAGCAAAGMAACCAAAGUCAAGGCACAAUGCCCGGAAACUUCGCAAGAAGAAGAAAGUSAACUAUACUGYCAAUGGUACAAGUGGUGGAAGUGAUGAUGAAGACAGYGAUUAYGAAGAAGAAAGUCAGCAASCAAGYUCUGAUGAAGAUGAARAUUUUGAAAAACAGAAAAAGUUUAAUUUAAAAACACCAAAAUSUAGUGGGAAGCAUAAGAAGGUCAGUCCACAGAGCUCUUCAAGCCCAUCGGUGGUAGAWUUGCUUGAYGAUGAUGACGAAUUUGAAGUGACUAGUAAACCUGUCAACAAGAAAARARCAAAAACUGGUACUUCAGAUAAACCAGUACAGAUAUUGUCUGAUGACUCUGAAUCUGGUGAAGAUGUCUCCUUCACAUCUGGAUCAAYCCCUGAUUUUUGGGUAGAAGUGUACCUACCUUCUAGGAAAUCUUGGUCUUCUAUUGAUAUGGAGUCGUAUAGCAUUGACAAGCCUGAGCUGUGUGAAGAUAACGCAAUGCAACCAUUGACUUAUGUSCUUGGAUUUGACAAUGAAAAUAAGAUUAAAGAUGUAACUGGACGAUAUGCCAAAGACUGGCUAUCCAAGACACAAAAGGUGCGCAUUGAUGCGGAUUGGUGGGAGGAAACUCUUCUUCCGUUCAAGACCAAGAAAAAGAAAAUGGAUGAAAAUGAAGACUCAUUAUUGUUAGCGAAACACCAGGAAAAGCCUUUGCCACAAAGUAUWACAGAAUAUAAAAAUCAUCCCUUAUAUGUGUUAAAGAGACACUUGCUCAAGUUUGAAGCAAUAUACCCUGAGACAGCAGCUACACUUGGGUUUAUCCGAGGGGAAGCAGUUUAUUCAAGAGACUGUUUACAUUUGUUGCACACAMGAGAGAAGUGGAUGUCCUUAGAGGCCAGGGUUGUGAAGCAAGGAGAACAGCCAUAUAAAAUAGUUAGAGGACGUGUAAAAAGGAAUCAGCCAGUAGUUGAUCCUAACUCAGUUACUAUUGAUCUGUUUGGGAGAUGGCAGACAGAGGAUUAUAAGCCACCUCCAGCUAAAGAUGGCAAAGUUCCCAAGAAUGAGUAUGGCAAUGUUGAGUUAUUCAAACCMAGUAUGUUGCCACCAGGAACAAAGCAUAUUCAAAUUCCAGGAAUACAGAAAAUUGCCAGGAAACUUGGCAUUGAUGGAGCACCUGCUGUGGUUGGAUUUGAUUUUCAUUGUGGCUUUUGCCAUCCCAUAAUUGAUGGUCUUGUUGUAUGCAAAGAGCAUGUUUCCACUUUGAUGGAUGCAUGGAGACAAGAGCAGAAAGAAGCCCAAAGAAGGAARGAAGAGAAGCGAGAGAAAAGAGUUCUUGGGAACUGGAAAUUGCUGGUAAAAUCAAUGCUGAUAAGAGAAAGACUGAAAAGRAAAUACACCUCAGAUAAUAAGGAGUCAAUAACAAGCUCAGAACAAGGAGAAAUACUGGAGGAUGAGAAGGUUACAGAGGCUGUUGCAUGGCCACAGAACAUGAAAGAGGGCAAAACAAGUGUAGAUGAYKAUGGRCAUUGCCAUGUUUUUCCUAAAAAGCUUCACAAGAAAGACAAGAUCACAGGGGAAUGGACAAAGGCCUGUUCUUGUGGCUUCACCCUUCCUYUAAACUAGGACAUAAUAUGAAUUUCAAUAUAUAUUUUG